GGAGAACUUCUUGGGCUGGAGGCCAACAAGAGCGCUUAUGAAUUACAUCACGGGCUCGUGUGUGGAGCCGCGCAAAUAAAUGCGGCAGCGACCAGGUACCAGGGCAAUAAGAAAAAAAGCAAGAGGAGGGGAAAGAGUUGGGAGGGGGGCGGGAGUGAAAGGAGUGAGAGAGGAGAAACCAGCCAAGACGCAGAUGGAGCAAAUAAGUCCCAUGCAAGGUUGCAGAGACCUCCCGCCUCUGGAAGGGCACUUCUGCUCCGGGGCCAAGCUCUGAUCGCUGCCCGCCUCCCACCACGCGAAUCUCCAAAGUCGCCUUGCAACUCGCCGUAUAAGCAGGGCAGGAUGCUCAGCCUCGGGGACUGCAGCGGCGGCAGAGUCCUCUAAGACAGCAGCCCUCCUUGGCGAACGCUUCUACCCAGAGCAUCCUCUCCAGCCGCCGCUGACUGCAGCGCGGAACGCAAGGAGAGCCCCUUAAGUCGCGCUUGGCGGAUGGCUCGGGGUUGUCGGGGCAGAGGCUGCCGGGGCUGAUUACCGCAGGACUUUGCUAGUGGGGGAUCGGGCUUGCCUCCCCACCCCCCCCGCCCCACCCGCCCGGGUGCCUGAAGAGAGACGGAGUCGGUGGUUUCCAUAGCGAUGGAGCAGAAAGUGCAGGAAAUUUAAAGGCGCUGGAUCCUCGCGAAGCAGACAAACUGGUGCCAACGUGCGUGGCGGCGGCUGCCGCUUUGCAGGCUGCAAAGAGACGGGAAGCUGGAGGGGGAGUUUGCAGAAGCCUCCUCUGACUGACACGAACACCCACAAAACCCGGAGCCAGAGGGAACAAUUGCACCGAGCAAAGGAGGCGCCAGAUCUGCGCAGGGUUGGCUUUCCGCGUUGGCUUGCCUUGCUACUGCCCAGAUAGGGGGAGAGGCAUUUGCAGCAAGAGAGCCGUUGCUCCGGGGGACUUCUUGAGGGGUGGCUGGGAGGCAACCUCCCUCGACGUCCUGCUUUGCUACCCCACCUUCUCCAGCGCAAGCCCGCAGAUGCAUCUGCUCGCCCCCGCUUCUCGGUGAACCCUGUCCCCCUCCCCUUCCCCUCGCUCUCUCCGAGGAUGGAUCAUUCCCAGUGGUUUGUGACUAUUUACGCCUUGGUGGUUCUCCUGGGUCUCCGGCUGGAGCAGGGCGCUUGCCAGCACUAUCUGCACAUCCGUCCGGCCCCCAGCGACAAUUUGCCCUUGGUGGAUCUAAUCGAGCACCCGGAUCCUAUCUUUGACCCCAAGGAAAAGGACCUAAACGACACGCUGCUGCGGAGCCUGCUGGGCACCCACUUCGACCCUAACUUUAUGGCGGUCUCUUUGCCCGAGGAUCGCCUCGGGGGGGACGAUCUGGCCGAGCUGGACCUGCUGCUGCGGCAGAGGCCGUCGGGGGCGAUGCCCAGCGAAAUCAAAAGCCUGGAGUUUCACGAGGGGGGGCUGCCGGCGAGUAAGAAGCCCCGGCUGAGCAAGAAACUGCGCCGGAAGCUGCAGCUGUGGCUGUGGUCUCAGACCUUCUGCCCGGUGCUCUACACGUGGAACGACCUCGGCAGCCGCUUCUGGCCCCGCUACGUGAAAGUGGGUAGCUGCUUCAGCAAGCGGUCUUGCUCCGUCCCGGAAGGCAUGGUGUGCAAGCCUGCCAAGUCGGUGCAUCUGACCAUCUUGAGGUGGAGGUGCCAGCGCCGCGGGGGGCAGCGCUGCACGUGGAUCCCCAUCCAAUACCCCAUCAUUUCCGAGUGCAAAUGCUCCUGCUAGGGCGGGGGGAAGGGGAAGGGAGCGCGACGCGUGCACUUAAAGGGUCUCUCCCGUACCCGAGAGAAAACUGCAAGGCAGCCACAACAAAAAAAAGUGCCGUGCUCGCCCUCCCUCCCCCCCCUCCCCCAUCUGAUUCCGGUGGACUUCGAUACACUAAAAGAAAAGACGGACAACUGGGCUUCCGGCUUCCAACGUUGCACUGAACUGCAGUGUGUAGGAGAAUGUAACUUUGUUGCGUCUGCGAGCCUGUGUGUUUUGAGAUGCCUGAGAAGUGUGUGUGUGCGUGCGCGUGUGUGUAACAUAGGACACCCCCCCCCUUUGAAUCUCCUAUUAAAAAGGUCAGUGUUAACAACGUGAAAUCAUCCUCGUCUACUGUAUUUGUAAGAGUCUUCGGCUUGAUCGUCGCUUAAGGUAUUCUUUACCACCCACCUCCCUUUAAUUUAUAUCCCAGAGAGAAGCAUUAGGGGCAAAUACUUCGCUUUUUUUGCGAGGUCCCUUUUUUUUUUUAAAAGCUCGAACUUUUGCUAAGAAAAGAAACAUUUUAUAUAAAUAUAUAAAAGAUAUUUUCCAUUCUUCGGAAAAUGAAUGAGUGCGUUGCGUGUGGAUCUUUUUUAUGGACUUCAAGAUAUUAUAAUUAUUAUAAUUAUUAUAAUAAAAGCUUAGGACACCGUG